GAGGCGGGCCGGAGCGCAGCGCAGCGCAGAGCCGCGCCGAGCCGAGCCGAGCCGGGCCGGGCCGGGGAUGGGCCCGCGCGGCUGAGCGCGCCGGGAUGAAGGAGGCGCAGGGCGGCGGGGCCCUGCCCGGCACCUCGCUGCAGCGGGCCUGCCGCCUGCUCGUGUUCGUCUGCGCCCUGCACCUCUCGGCCACGCUGCUCUACUACCUGGCGGGCAGCGGCAGCGCCCUGCGCCCGCCGCGCAGCCCGGGGCCGGCCAACCGCUCCCGCGCCCAGCCCGGGCCGCCGCCGCCGGACUGCCCCGACCCGCCCCCGCUGCUGGUUGGUGCACUGCGUGUGGAAUUUUCCCAGCCUGUGAAUCUUGAGGAAGUUGAGAGGAUAAACCCUGAAGUGAGAGGAGGAGGCCGAUAUGCUCCAAAAAACUGUAAAGCACUUCAGAAAGUAGCAAUUAUCAUACCAUUCAGGAACCGGGAUGAGCAUCUGAAGUACUGGCUGUAUUAUCUCCACCCAAUCCUUCAAAGGCAACAGCUUGACUAUGGCGUGUAUGUCAUCAAUCAGGAUGGAGAAGAAACCUUUAAUCGUGCUAAACUUCUGAACGUAGGCUUCGAAGAAGCUUUGAAAGAAUAUGACUAUGAUUGCUUUGUAUUUAGUGAUGUAGACCUAAUUCCAAUGGACGACAGGAACAUCUACAAGUGUUACAGCCAGCCACGGCACCUUUCUGUAUCGAUGGAUAAGUUUGGAUUUCGUUUACCCUACAAUCAGUAUUUCGGAGGUGUGUCUGCUUUAAGCAAGGAGCAAUUUGUAAAAAUCAAUGGAUUUCCUAAUAAUUACUGGGGCUGGGGUGGCGAAGAUGACGACAUUUAUAACAGGCUGGUUUUUAAAGGUAUGAGAAUAUCUCGCCCAGAUGCUGUAAUUGGGAAGUGCCGAAUGAUUCACCAUUCAAGAGACCACAAAAAUGAACCCAACCCACAAAGGUUUGACAGAAUUGCUCACACAAGGGAGACCAUGAAUUCUGAUGGCUUAAAUACGCUGUCAUACAAGGUAGUGAAAACUGAUAAAUACCCACUGUAUACAAAAAUCACAGUGGAUGUUGGCUCACCAAAAAAGUAGUGUUGGAGAGGCAGAAGUGAAGACUUAGACGCUACCAGGGAUAUCUGAUCCAUAUGAUUUUUAUAUGUACUGGUUUUUACUACAGUCACAAUGAACAAUAAAGCCUCAUUCAGCUAUGCAAAGUUUUUCCCAGUCUGCUGGACAAGUGAGACUUUUUAAUCCCAAACUUGACUUUACACAACUUUCUAGCUCUACAGUAUUUUUGUAAGUUUAGAAACUGUAAAUAAGAGUUGUAAAUAUUUACAUUGCCAGAAAAUGCUGGAUAUUAUGUAUUUGCUGCAGUGCUCCCCACAUAAAUAUUUUAUUCAAAUGUUAUUGUUCACAAACAAAUGAUGAAUCAGCAAUUACUACCCAUAUUAUUUCUUCCAUAUGUUAAAUUAGGUAGACGAGAACACUGCUUUAAAUUCUUUGCUGUUAUUACUUUAUGAAGGACUGGAAAAUGCUGCUAAAAUUAUAAAGUUUACACUUUGUAUUAGAUUUUUUUUUAAUGGAGGCAGUAUCAUUUAUUCUUGUCUAAUGUCAACCAAAACAAACACUUUUUUCUUUAAUUUUAUGCAGAGCAAGUUUUGGAAAAAUUGAUCUUACAAAAUCUGUACCAGCGACAGCUUUUAUUAUCUCAGAGGGGAUUUUAAUAAGGCCCCAAUCCUCCAGUGAGCGCUAUAUAGACAGGACAUUUAGGCUUGGUGGGAGCUGCCCGGGACGGCAUAAAUAUUAUGAUUGGUGCAAGAAGUGCUGUCUCCAGGUGACCUGCACGGAAAGAUGUCUCUUGCUCGAUAGAGCAGUGUAAGAUGAAUUCUAUUUUUUAAGAGAGGCAAAUUGGUUGUAAUUAUGGGCUGAAACUAUAGUCUUUUUAAUUAAAAUUUACUGACAUUUGUUUACUUUCGUAAGAGCUUAUCGCACCAUUUAAAUACCAUAUAAAUUUCACAAAAACAAAAUGCAUUUUUCUUACUGUUGUACAUAAAACUUGAAUUCACUGUUCCUUUUGUUUUGUGAUAUUUUAAGAUGCCGUGAGAGAAAUUUGGUUUUUAAAAGAGACGUAUGUUAAUACCUUGAUUAAACUAGGAUGUAGCAUAAUUGUUAAACGAGGCUUAAAAAUAGUCUUAUCACAAUGACAGGUUCUUAUGGUGCUUCAUAAUGUGUGAGCCAUGUAUUAAGUUUGCACUACAUAUUUGUCCAUGAAAUCUCUUGCAGUCUUCAAUGCUUUAGUACUGACAGGACAGUAAAGAUCAGGCUUACUUUGCUGAUCUGAAGCCCACACUAAAAGUGUGUCUAAGAUGUGAGAAAGUGUUCCAGGUCCGUACUUAUUUGUAACUUCUGCAGCCACUGAGGAGUGUACACUUUCUUGUUCACGGCAUUUUUAAACUGCAGAUAGGCGGUGCCAUCCUAUAUACCUUGCCUUUCCGCUUUAUGACAUUAUGAAAACCCUUCAGCAGUAUGGCAUUUAGAGCAGGUCAGAAUUUCACCUCAAAGCACGGACAUCUCAGCAGUGUUUGUGAAUUUUUUGCCACCUUUCCGCCAGCUCAAUCUAAAAUGACUUAUGCUAAUUGGGCCUGAUCCAAAACUCUCAGGAGUCAGUGGGAGGGUUAGUAGGAGCUCUGGAUCAGGCCUGUGGGGUUACUCCUGCAUCUAGGUGUGUUUACCUGGAGAGUAGAAGUGGAGCCUAAGUCCCAUUUGUUUUACACAAGGAAGGAAGGGGCUGAUCUAAAGAUGGGGGGGAGGGCUAUUCCGGAAUCUGGGUUAAUUUUCUCUCUGCAAAACCCACGCACAUGCAGCAGCACUGAUUAGUAGCCAAACGUGGCCUGGGAUUUUCAGAGGAGUCUAAGGAGUGUGGCCCCCAGCUCCCACUGAAUGCCAGGAGAAUAUGGGAACCAAACUCAACUGAGGCUCUUUGGAAAAUCCCAGAAUCUUUGUGCAUCUCUUCCUCCCCUCCCCAUCUGCCCCCUUCUCCUGUCAACUGAAACAUCUGAAUCUUCAGAGAUUUCUUUAAUCCUCUAGCUGCCCAACCUUUGCAAAGACACAAUAUAUUGCAUUUGAUUGUUUUGCCUUACUAAUAUAUGAAGAUCAGGAAAAUUUCUAUAGAAAGCUUUCAUAUUUUAAAUCUCAAAGAAUGGAAUUCAUGUAAAUAGUAACGUUCUGGCGGUUAGCAUUAGAGAUUUCUACAAACGUGCCUUAAAAGGAAAAGGGGAGGGAAACCUUGAACAAACAGAACAGCAUGUAUCAUAUCAGAGACUUAAGAGUUCCCAGGGGCUGCUGAUUUCCUUUUCCUUUACUAAUAUUUAAAACUGUAAACUAUUUAAGAAAAGUUUUUAAAAGACAAAAUCUUCCCCCCCCCCUUUCUUAAUAUGUGUAACCCUGUGGUGCUGGGCCAGGAUUUCACCAGGAUGAGUUCUCAUGCAAAGUACAUCUAUCAAACUGUGAAAUUUCUUCUCAAUUUGGCCAGUCCAUGAAAUCCAGUCAUUAUUCUCUCUGGGAUUUUCAGGGACCUUAGCUGUAAACAAGUAUGUAACUCAGAAAUGAAUUUUGCCUGAAUCUUAGUUUGUGGUGGUUCCUAUUCAGGUGUCGAUGGUAACGCUCACUGAAAUUAUGUGUAAAAUGGGCAAAAUUUAAAACACAUAACCGGAUGUAAAACAAAUGCAGAUACCUAAUUUCAUCAUAACAAUUGUUUUUUAGAAUACUAAGCAUUCUGGUAUGUGGCCAUUUAUCAUGUGUCCUUUGCUCAUUUGCUGGACAGUGUAGAGGUUUUCAGCAUGUUUUCCAUAGAUGGUUUUGCUUUGCACUUUUAUCACUCGUAUUAUUUCCACAUGUAAAAGCUGAGGUCCCUAUGUUCAUGUUCAUGUCAGAUAAAAUAUUUUCAGUCUUUA